AUGCAAAAAUAUGAUAAAUUGGAAAAAGUUGGUGAAGGCACUUAUGGAACAGUAUUUAAAGCUCGGAACAAAGAUACUUCUGAAGUAGUGGCUUUGAAACUUGUUCGUUUGGAUGACGAUGAUGAGGGAGUGCCGAGUUCUGCAUUGCGUGAAAUCUGUAUUCUUCGCGAGUUGAAACAUCCAAAUGUUGUUCGAUUAUAUGAUGUGGUGCACUCUGAAAAUAAACUCACUCUUGUUUUCGAGUACUGUGAUCAGGAUUUGAAAAAGUUUUUUGAUUCUUUAAAUGGACACAUUGAUCAACAGACUGUACGAAAAUUGAUGCAACAACUUUUACGAGGACUCGCCUUUUGCCAUGCACAUCAUGUGUUACAUCGAGACCUUAAACCACAAAAUUUGUUGAUUAAUGCAAAUGGGAGUUUAAAGUUAGCCGAUUUUGGAUUAGCUCGAGCAUUUGGUAUUCCGGUACGGUGCUAUAGUUCGGAGGUGGUAACUUUAUGGUAUCGACCUCCAGAUGUGUUGUAUGGUGCUAAACUUUACAAUAUUUCGAUAGACAUGUGGUCAGCGGGAUGUAUUUUUGCUGAAAUUUCGAAUGCUGGUCGUCCACUCUUUCCGGGAGCAGAUAUCGAUGAUCAAUUGAAAAGAAUCUUCAAAUUACUCGGCACUCCAACAGAAGAGACAUGGCCAGGAAUCACUCAAUUACCCGAAUAUAAGCCUCUUCCCUUAUAUCAUCCUUCGAUGACUUUUGGCCAAGUUGUUCCAAAUUUGCCUGCAAAAGGAAAAGAUCUAUUACAGAAAUUGCUCGUUUCAAACCCGAUAGGCAGGAUAGACGCGGAAGCCUCUUUAAGACAUCCUUAUUUCACUGACAGUGCCACAUAU